AGAAGGGUUUAAGAAGCAAGGGGGCGGCAGGUGGUAAGUAAGAGAGAAAAAGGGAGCUGAUGGGAAAUCCAAAACAGAAAUGGACAUCCGAAGAAGAAGAAGCCCUUCGUGCUGGUGUUGCCAAACACGGUGCUGGCAAAUGGAAGAACAUUCAAAGAGACCCUGAAUUCAAUCACCUCCUUUACUCUCGCUCCAAUAUUGAUCUUAAGGAUAAAUGGAGAAAUUUAAACGUUAGUGCCAAUGGACAAGGACCAAGAGAUAAAUCAAGGACCCAAAAAGUGAAGGCUAAUCCUGAUGCUGCAGCAGCUCCAUUGGUCAUCACACAGGCCCCUGUUUCUACCACUCUAGUUCCAGUUCCACAAGAUGCAUCAGCAGACACCGUCAUGGAAGAUUCUUCAAAAUGCGCAUUAGAUGGAAAAACUGCUUCGAAGUACAAUCAGAUGAUAUAUGACGCACUCUCAAGUCUAAAAGAGCCAAACGGAUCAGACACAAGCACAAUAGUUAACUUCCUUGAGCAAAGACAUGAGGUUCCCCCAAACUUCAGAAGGCUGCUGAGUUCUAGGCUGAGGAGGCUUGUUCAACAAGACAAACUUGAAAAGAUUGAGAAUUGCUACAGGAUUAAGAAAGAGGUGUUAGAAAAAACAAAGACCGCUACCCCAAAACAAAAACAUGUUGGGCCAAGGCAGUUGCCAAAUAGUCCCUAUCUUGGUGACACUGCCGAAGAAGCAGCAAUCACUGCUGCCUAUAAGGUCGCAGAAGCUGAAAAUAAAUCAUUUGUAGCCGCUGAAGCGGCCAAGGAAGCUGAGAGAGUCUCAAAGAUGGAGGAAGACAGUGAUAACUCACUGCAGGUGUAUAAGGAUAUCUUCGAGAAAUGUUCACAUGGCGAAAUUGUGCUGCUAAUGGCAUGAUAUGUCAUUUCCCCUAUUUUGUGAAGUCGGAUAUCAGCUGUUCAGAACCUCUAAAGUAGUAAUUAUUAUUCUAUUCGUAGCAACUAGUGAUAUGCAGUUUGUUAAAAUUAUGUAUUAGUGAUGACCUUUGCACAGAUCCUCGCCUCCUAUUAUGUAUUCUAUGUAACAAAAAAUAGAGAGGGAUAGAGAGAUGAUUAUAAAACUAGAGUUUUGAUGCUUGUAAAUCGUGCAGUUCUUUCUACCUGGAAAAUUCGAUAAAGAGUACUCUGCUUUUA